AGCCUUUUAUUAAUUCACACUAAGUCAUCUUCUCAGUCAUGGCGCUUAAUAAUUUCCUAUUGUUGGCAUUGAUAGUUAUGAUUGUACAUGCUUCAAUGGCUCCAGCUCGAGUGCUGAAUGAGAUAUCCAUGGUUGAGAGACAUGAGCGAUGGAUGGCUGAGCACGGCCGGAUGUACAAAGACGACGCCGAGAAGCAACACCGCUUUAACAUAUUCAAGCACAAUGUUGAACUUAUUGAGUCUUUCAACGCGGCUGAUCACAAGUUCAAACUCGGCGCAAACCGGUUUGCUGAUCUCACUAAUGACGAGUUCAAAGCCAUGUACAAUGGCUUCAGACCAUCCCUUACCAAUAAUAAAGCAGAAAUGGCUUCCUUUAAGUAUGAGAAUUUUACUGCUGUCCCUGCCUCUGUGGAUUGGAGAACUAAGGGUGCCGUUACUCCUGUUAAGGAUCAAGGCCAAUGUGGAUGUUGUUGGGCAUUCUCUGCAGUGGCUGCCAUGGAAGGAAUCACUAAGCUAAGCACCAGUAAGUUGAUUUCCCUCUCUGAGCAAGAGGUUGUGGACUGUGAUGUCCAUGGAGAGGACCAAGGAUGCAAUGGUGGCCUUAUGGAUGAUGCCUUCAAGUUCAUCAUUAAGAAUGGUGGUCUCACUACUGAGACAAACUAUCCUUACACUGCAACUGAUGGCACAUGCAAUAGUAAGAAAAGCAGUUCACAUGCUGCUGACAUCAAGGGCUUUGAGGACGUUCCUAAAAAUAGUGAGGCGGCUCUUCAUAAGGCAGUAGCUAACCAACCAAUAUCUGUUGCCAUUGAUGCUGGUGGAUUUGCCUUUCAAAUGUACUCUAGUGGUGUUUUCACUGGUGAUUGUGGAACGGAUCUAGAUCAUGGUGUUACUGCUGUCGGUUAUGGGAAAGAUACAGAUGGGACCAAGUAUUGGUUAGUGAAGAACUCAUGGGGUGAGUCAUGGGGAGAGAAUGGAUAUAUAAGGAUGGAGAGGGAUGUUGAUGCAAAGGAGGGUUUAUGUGGUAUUGCUAUGCAGGCAUCAUAUCCCACUGCUUGAAGCCAUUGAACAUCAUAUACCUAAUUGUGUUGUAUCUCAUGGCUAGUCUUUUCAUUUCUAUGCUUGCAGUUAUUGUGAAGAUAUGAUGGUGUAUAUUUAUGUGUGCUCGAAGCAGCAAGUAUGUACAUUUAUGUCUGUACGUUUGUUUAUUUCUGAAUUUGUUAAGUAAUUAAUGCAUGUGAAGUUGGUCAGAA